AUGUCAAUUAACAUUAAAGUGAAGCCUGAUACUGAAGUCAGAAAAGCCAAAUUUGUAACUAGAGGAAAAAAAGUUGACGCUGAUGAUUACAAGAUAAAACAAGAGUUAGAAUUCGAAAAGAAAAAUAAGGAGAAAUCAUCUAACUUUGAUAUUUCUUUCCUAGGAUUAUUCCCACUUUUCAGUUUGUCUAGUAAAGAAAAAAGAUUGAUGACUGACGAAAAACAAUUCGAAAAACAUAUCGACAAUACUAAUCAAAUUACUGAAGUUACCACUAAAAAUCAUUAUACUGACAAUCAUUCAUAA